AAUUCAUGGAAAUUAACUUGAAUUACCCAUUGGACUAAUGUCAACAAACAAAUCAAGAAUUUGUGUAUCAGAAAAGUCUAUUUAAACACUGGACACCGACACAAACCUUAUACUCCUGUGCAGAACCUGAAAAUCCACUGACAGCAAAGAACAAGAUGACCAUGAGUCUGCAGAACCUGAUGCAGCAUUUGGGAUUUAGGAUUUUUCUUAACUCAGACAAAAACAUGAAGCCUGGUAUCCGAUCCAAGGUUGGUGCCUGCCUUGCCUCCAGUGCUACUGGGUCAGACUCCAGUUUCCAACUACCACGUAAUGGAAAAAAUGAAUUCAGAAAAUGUAUGGGUGGAUGGAUAAAUAUGUUGUGCAGCAUAUUAAUGAUCCUUGUAGGGAUCAGAUUGUUUGUUCUGCCUGUGCACGGACUCCAGGAGUUUUACUAUCAUUAUGGAAAUUAUCAGAUGACCUGGGCAAAUGCACAGAAAUACUGCAGAAGUAACUUCACUGACUUGGUGACUAUUGCAAGCAAUGAAGAACGCAAGGAAAUUCUGGACAUGCUUGCAGGAAUAAAUGUCUCUGAAAAUGAAAUCUGGAUUGGGUUAAAAGAUAUAAAAAUGAACAGUGGAACAUGGAGCAAUGGUGAAACAUUCACCUACCGAAACUGGAAUAAAGGGGAACCAAACAAUGAAAAGGUAGCCUGUGGCACCAUGUACUACCAAAAAGGAGGAAACCACAAUGGCACUUGGAAUGACUGUGGCUGUGAUCACAGGAAGACCGCAAUCUGCUACUCAGUAAAAAGGAAGUUCUAUGCUGUGAACAACCCAAUGACUUGGCUCUCAGCUCUUCAGCACUGCAAUUCUAAUUACAAUGGCAUGGCCACCAUCCAAAGUGAAAGAGAAGAGUGGCAUUUGCUGAAGUACCUCAAUGAAUCCAACAUACGGGAGAAAGUGUGGCUUGGAAUGAGGAGCUCCAGGGUCUUUGGACGCUGGUUCUGGAUGAAUGGUGACCCGGUCACUUACCAAAACUGGGUAAAUGACCCCUCAAAGGUCUUUCAAAACACUUGUUUCUGUACCAGCCUGGAUCCAAAUCAGAAGAAGUGGGUCAGGCAGGACUGUGCAGAACGAGCCCCAUUUGUCUGCUGUAUGGACAACUAGCAUGGCCAACAUUGAUUCCAUCCUCUCAGAUGGCUAUAAGAUGAGAGGACAGAUCAUCCACGAGAGACUGAUCAGCUCUGUAGGACACUUGACACUCUUCUGAGAACUGGCAAUGCAAGAUAUAUUUAACAGCUUUGCUUUUAAAACAUUCAAGGAUUUCCAGAUGUGUUUUCCACAAAAAAGAAUUUACAUUCACUUAUGAAAGCCAUUUGUACCACUCAAGCAUUUGUCUCAAACCUUAAUAAAAUGGCAAAUAAUUAAUUAAAAUUGAGAGGGCCUUUUAAGUGAAGCUUCAGUUUUUAGCAACAUUGGCAGUGUUGUGUUUGGUCUUUUGCCAGA